AUGGCAGAUCUCCUCCGUGAAAUCAAGGCGAAGUGGAGCCCCGAGCCACUUCCUCCACGCGGCACCUUCGACUGUCAAACUGUCCUCGUCACCGGCGGGACGGGUGGACUCGGUCUCGCUACCGCGAAACACUUUGCGACCCUCGGAGCUGCCAAAGUAAUUAUCACCUACCGCAAUAAACCUAGAGCCGAAACAGCCAGGCAGCAGAUCGAGACUGCUGCACGGGCUGCGGGGAGGCAACAGGUCGUGGUCGAGACCAUGGAGUUGGAUCUAACCCGGUAUUCGUCGUGCACUUCCUUCUUUGACGAGCUUGUGCGGCGAACGAACAGCAUUGAUAUUGUGAUACUCAAUGCCGGGACGUUUAUUCCCGAGUUUAUUAUGAGUCCUGAGGGCUGGGAACAAACAAUUCAAGCAAACACACUUUGCACCUCCCUCCUUGCCAUUCUCCUCAUAAAGUGGAUGAAAGCAGGACGGCAGAACCGACAGUCGCCGGCAAGCAUCGUCUUCGUAAGCUCGGGCCGGCAUUUAACACCAGAUAUUUCCGAGUGGCCUGAGUGGGAGGAACGUGACGGAGGUAUUCUGUUGCACUUCAAAGACGCGUCACACUGGCCUUCCACUGGUGCCCCGGAUACUAUGUAUGCUACCAGUAAGCUGCUGUUGAUGUACGCUUUCGAAGAAAUCUGCAAGCUAGCUGUUGAUGGAAAGGGAGAACCCCAAGUUAUCGUCAAGAGUGUUUGUCCGGGAAUUUGCAAUACGGACCUCUCCCGAUCCCUAAAAAAGCGAUCUCUCGUUGCUAAAAUGGCGAUCCCUAUAAUCAUGAGCAUUGUUGGAAAGUCGCCCGAGCUCGGCGCGAGGUACAUAUUAGCUGCGGCGUUGGCGGGGCCUGAGAAACAUGGAAAAUUCAUUCGCUUCUAUCUGACAGACGAGGAAUUCCGCAUGCAGUCGAUCCCCGUAAUAACCAGUCCGGCCGGCAGGAGGGCUCAAGCAAUGGUUUGGAAGGAGGUUAGUGCGGAGCUUGUGACUAAAGUUCCCGGUCUUCAAAUCACCGCAAGCCAGUGA